GAACAACUUUGGGUAAUUGCGUUACAAGCAUGGCAAAGUGGUUUGCAAAUAAAGUAAGUCCGCUGCACUAAACAUAUUAAAGUUUUCUGAAUGCUGCGGACCAAUUUUACCAACAGAGGAUCUUUUGAGACUGAGAGAUGAAACUAGUGCUGCAUUCGAAAAGAAUUACGGGUCGAAAUUGUGGGAGAAUGGACUACCUAGAGAGUUAGGAUCUCUUAAUCGAACCACGCGAGAAUGGUUAUCCAUGGCGCUUAAGACAAAGUCUGGACAAGACUAUAUGUGCGCUAUGGCAUACCUAGUUAAUUAUUAUCCAAUGUAUGCCACCCGGUUCCUCGAAAACCUGAUAUCUUUCGUUUCACCAUCCAAGAAACGUGAUUGUUGCAGAUCUUUGGACGUACUUAGUCACCUGUUCAGUAGUCUUAUUCCAAAGCACCGAAUUUUGGUUCCCAUAUCAAAACGACCACUAAAUGUAUUGGGAAGUCUUGGAACAUCACCCUCAAAAGAAGAAAUCCUUUGUUUAUGGCACUUUGAAGAUGAAAUCAAGAAGAAAUAUUUUCAAUUCAUUAAAGCGUCGGAGGUUAGCCACUUAAUCGUUAUACAUUUCGCAGCAACUUUUGUUAAGUGAUUGUGGAAGUGAUUUCAAGCGCAAGGCACUAGGUAGUUAACUUUUUAAAUUUUUUAAUGCAGUAACUAGGUAUUCUGGGCAGUCUCGUUGAGAAAUCAGAAAAUCAAACGGUAGGCCUUUAUUGUCUUAUUUUUUCAGUUGAUAUUAAGUAUAAUGAUUAACAAACUUGGGGAUCGUAGCAAGGAAUUUGCAUCCGCAGUGAUACACAAGCUUCGUUUAAUUGCUGGGACGUCUUGUUUUCUUAUGCAUUUAAUUGUUCAGGAGAUUCGGUCAUUUUUGUUUCGCCCUAACCUGUUGGAGCGAUCAAAAUACUACUCUCUUUCACUUUUGAGUUGUUUGGAGCUUAAAAAAAGUUCGAACCCGAGUGGUAGUGGCAACAUAGACGUCAAGUCUUUGGCUCUUACAAUGGUUAAGAUUUACAUGUCAUUUUUUCACCCAAUAACGAAUUCCAAGGAGAUUCCUGAACGGCUUACUACCAUACUUCUUAGCGGUCUAUGUCGAACUGUUCCUUUUAUUACUGAAGAUGCAUUUACAUCUAUGGUGAGUGAGAUCAAUGAUCUGUUCCGACUUGUCCACACAACUGGGUUCACGGUAUCUGUUCAAGCUCUGUCUGUACUUUUUCAACUUUCAAUUCAUCAUGUGGCUAUACGUGAUCGUUAUUAUCAGGCUUUAUAUCGGAAGUUACUAGAUCCUGCGAUACACCAGAGUUCAAGGAAUCCAACCCUUCUUCGUCUAGUUUAUCAAAGUAUGAUAGCUGAUGAUGAUACUGAUAGAAUUUCUGCAUUUGUUCACAGAAUCCUUCAGCUGUGUGUUUCACACACAGAUCCUGGUUUCGUUAUAGGUUGUUUGAUUCUACUCAACAAAGUGUCUACAUCGAAACCGAACCUUAUAGUUGCUUCUCAGACAAGUGGGGAACAGUUACCGAUCAAUCAGUUGUCAAACUUGGCAAAAUUUGAGGACUCCGACGACAGUGAUGAACAUUUCAGUGAUGCACCGUGUUCUGAAGAUGAUGGUGAAAUUGUACAGAAUUGUGCGAUAAACGAAGAAAAUGUAUCACCAAGAAAGUCUACAGUAACAGGUGAACAUAUUUCAGCAUCAUGGUAUCAUCGUGCAUUGAAAAAAGAACGAAAUUCAAAUAACCUGUUCGGUUCUGGUUAUAAUCCAACAGCACGUGAACCAAAAUUCGCAAAGGCUGCAGGCUGUUUAGUUUGGUCUCUUAGUCUUCUGUCAAAACAUGUUCAUCCUACUGUCAACUUAUUUGCUAAUUCACUAUUAAAUAAUUUGCCGAUAAAAUAUUCUGGAGAUCCGUUUACAGAUUUUGCAACGAUGCAUUUCUUGGAUCGAUUUGCCUAUAAAAAACCUAAGGUGAACAAAUUGAAUCAACUAAAAUCAGAAUCUGGAAAUGUUCGGAAAACUGCACCUGGAAGGUUAUUACAACGAAAGGAAGCUCCUUUGUCUGGGCCACGUUCCAUAAGUGUGGAUAGUUCCGCAUUCCGACAACUUCCAGUGACCAGUGUUCCUGCUCACGAACGAUUUUUCCAUAAAUAUUUCAAUUUUUUGGAAGCACGUCCAGAAUACCAGGCUAAAAAAACUGUUAAACAAUCACGCAAACUCGAUGAUGAAGAUGACAGUGAUACUGACUCAGUACCUGAUUCAGAAUUCGAUGAUUAUCUUGAAAAACAUGAAAAAAGUCUGUUCCCAUCAAAAGAAGAGUGGGAAAGUGAUGAUGAACCAGAGUUUAGUGACAAUGAGUUUAUGGAUAAUUCAGAGGAUGAAACUGAAACAAAAGAGUAUGACUUUUCAGAAAUGGAUAAUCUAGACUCAUCAGCCGUUGCAAAAGUGAAUAAAUUGGAAAAAUCUGCUGAUUCGAAAAGUGUUUAUCAUAAGUUCCAAGAUGAUAAUGAUGACGAUGAAAAAGGUGAUGAAGACAGUGAAGAAGAGGCGGAGGAAGAUUAUAGUGAUGAUAGUUCAGACGGUGAUGAUGAUGAUAUUCCCGACAAAUCGGGAAAAUUCAAUCUGAACAAUUUGCUUGCCAGUGCAGAAGAGGUUGGUCAUUUGUAUGAUUUACAACAAACUGGUAAGGAGAAACGACAACAAUUUUGGCAAGAGAAACGUUUAAAUUCUCAAAGUGGUUUUAGUCGAAAACGUGAACGAGGUGAUAAGCAUUGGAAUCAACUGAAACAAAGUGGUCAAUCUAAUAGACGACCGAUGAAAUCGAAGGGUUCAAAAUUGAAACGACCACGUCAUACUUAAAAUCAUAUGAUUCAGCUUACUUGAAACCUAUUAUUUACUAUUUUUAAAAAGUUUUUCUUACUCGU